AUGGCUUUCUCUGAAGUCGGUCAAGACAGCGAAUCUCCACGAAUCAAUGGCGGUGUCAACGGCAUUGUUAACGGCAGCGUCAACGGCAGUGCCAACGGCAAUGUCAAUGGUGGACCCAAUGGUAGUUUGCACUGCAACGGGACCAACGGCCACUCCAACGGAGUGUCAUCAUCGUCAGACCCCAUAGCCGCAUCGCCACUAGCGGCUAGCCAAACACAUGAUAACCUUACACCAAUCGCCAUCUGUGGCAUGGCACUUCGUCUCCCUGGCGGUCUCGAGAGUCCUCAAGAUCUCUGGGAGUUUCUCCUGGCAAAGGGUGAUGCAAGAAGCCGUGUGCCCGAGUCUCGAUACAACAUCUCCGCGUAUCACUCCGAUUCAGGGAAACCUGGAACCAUAGCCACCCAGUACGGCUACUUCUUGGACGACAGCGUCAAGCUGGGCAGCUUGGAUGCCUCCCGCUUCUCACUCAGCCGUGCUGAGCUUGAGUUCUCGGACCCACAACAACGGAGAAUGCUCGAAGUAGUCAGGGAAGCCUUUGAUGAUGCCGGAGAGAACAAUUUCAAGGGUCGAAGUAUCGGAUGCUACAUGGGAAGUUAUGGUGAGGAUUGGUUGGAGAUGCAGAACAGAGACCACCAACAAAGCGGCGUGAACAGAGUCGACGGUUACAGCGAUUUCAUGCUGUCUAGCCGCAUCUCCUACGAGAUGGACCUCAAAGGACCAUGCAUGACCGUUCGUACUGCAUGUUCUGCAGCCCUUAUCGGCUUGAAUGAAGCUUGCCAAGCCAUCCGAACUGGGCUCUGCGAAGCAGCUGUCAUCGGUGGUGCCAACCUCAUCAUGGCCCCAGGAAUGACAGCCUUCAUGACAGAGAAGGGUGUGCUAUCUCCCGACGGGCAUUGUAAGACGUUUUCAGCCGACGCGAAUGGAUACGCGAGGGGCGAAUCUAUUACGGCUAUACUUAUCAAGCCUCUAAAGGCAGCCAUCCGUGAUGGAAACCCGGUCCGAGCUAUACUCAGGUCUGUCGUAUCCAACAGCGACGGAAGAACUCAAGGCAUCGCUCAGCCAAGUACUGAGAGUCAGGAAGCUCUGAUGCGGAAGGCAUAUCGCGAUGUUGGUAUCUCUGAUUUUUCCAAGACCGCUUUUGUCGAGUGCCACGGGACAGGCACUCCAGUCGGUGAUCCGAUUGAGACUAACGCUGUCGCAAGGGUGUUUGGGGACGCAGGAGUCUAUAUCGGAUCCGUCAAACCCAACCUUGGUCAUUCUGAGGGCGCCUCUGGCCUUACGUCUUUGAUCAAGGCCGUGCUGUCGUUGGAGAACCGCGUCAUACCGCCCAAUAUUAAGUUUACUAGUGGCAACGUCAAGAUCCCUUUCAAGGAGCGCAAACUAGAAGUUCCUCUGGAGGCGACACCCUGGCCUGUCGAUCGUCUUGAGCGGGUCAGUGUCAAUUCCUUUGGAAUUGGGGGAUCGAAUGUACAUGCCAUCCUAGACUCGGCCCGGAGCUUCAACUUACCAUCCUCAUCAGUCACUCAGGACAAUGAGGCAUUGCCUUUCUCAACAAACAACAAGUCACAUCUCCUGGUCUUCUCGGCCAGCUCUUCAUCAUCGCUCCAAAAGGUGGUGGGUGACCUUCGUACGUGGAUCAACAAGAAUCCAGAGAGACUUGAAGAACUCGCAUACACACUCGCCAACAGAAGGGAACAUCUUCCCCAUCGAUCACACAUGGUCGCUAGCUUGGAGAGAUUUCCUGAUACUGCAUCACAGGGCAUGAAAUUUGGUAACGCGCCACCGAGACUUGUCAUGGUUUUCACUGGACCAGGCGCUCAGUGGCCACGGAUGGGCCGUGAGCUACUGCUUCGCGAGGACCUCGUCUUCCGUGACACCAUCAGAUCUCUCGAUAAGUACUUGGGAGAAGUCUCGAGUGCGCCACAAUGGACAAUCGAGGAAGAGCUCCUGAAGCCGGCCAGGAAGUCAGGCGUCCAGACAGCCGAGCUCUCACAGCCGCUUUGCACCGCAGUACAGAUUGCCCUAGUAGAUCUCUUCGCGUCCAUUGGAAUCAAGCCUAAAGCAGUCGUUGGCCAUAGCAGUGGCGAGAUCGCUGCGGGAUACGCAGCCGGGGCGCUCACGGCUAAAGAGGCUAUAAUCAUAGCCUGGCAGCGAGGUCUCGCAGCGAAAGAGCAGAAUCGUCCGGGUGCCAUGGCGGCCAUCAGUCUUGGUAGAGAAGACGUUAUCAAGUACAUAUCAUCGCCCAAAGUCGUCAUCGCAUGCGAAAACUCUCCUCGAAGCGUCACCAUCUCGGGGGAUGCCGAUGAGGUGAGUAUAGCCCUGGAGCGUGUCCAGAAAGAGAACCCCAACAUCACGGCAAGACUACUCAAGGUCGACAAAGCCUACCAUUCAUAUCACAUGGCUGAAGUCGGAGAUUUUUACACUCGCACACUCCGCGAGUAUUUGCCCGAUCUGAUCGGUGCGAAGAGCCGAUUAGCAAUGGCUUCGUCUGAUUCUGAGCGAAAUGCCGUCUUCUUCUCCAGUGUCAGUGGCACAGGGGAACCCAUGAGUAUAGAAAAAUUGGGCGGAGACUACUGGCAGAAGAAUUUGGAGUCCCCCGUCCUCUUUAAGGGUGCCGUGGAAGGUAUUCUUAGGAGUAUUCCCAACAUCGCAUUCCUGGAAAUUGGGCCUCAUCCGGCUCUUGCUGGGCCAGUGCGGCAGACUCUCGCAGCUUCCAUCAAUGCUCCCACUUCAGCAGUACCAUACUUCGGUGCCAUGAGCCGCGGCGAAGAUUGCGUCGUAGCUUUCUUGACUGCGGUUGGGACGCUGUUCGAGCUUAAUAUGGCUAUCGACUUCACUCGACUCACCACCGCCACGACUUCGCUCGCCGGACUUCCACACUAUCCAUGGGAUCAUAGCGCUAAUUACUGGCGUGAAUCAAGGAUAUCGCACGAGUGGCGAUACCGCAAGUUCCCAGCACAUCCUUUGCUCGGUAUCCGCCAACUCGAGAGCACAACAUUGGAGCCCAGCUUUCGAAAUAUGCUCCUUCUAGAAGACACCUCAUGGCUACGCGAUCACUGCAUCGAGGGUAAUAUUAUCUUCCCCUGCGCAGGUUACGUGUCCAUGGUUGGAGAGGGAAUCCGACAAAUAGCCACACAGCAGCACGAGAAUAGCCAAAGCGAAAACAGCUUCACGAUCCGCAACAUGGUGCUCAACUCUGCCCUUGUCUUAAGCGAAGACAAACCGGCAGAGUUGGUCACGACCUUUCGUCCCCACUGCAGUGGCGAGGCUACUUAUGAAGAGAAUCUUGAGCCUAAAGAUUUCCCUGAAUUGGCACAGCUGCCGCGUAGAGUAGAUGGGCGCAAGUACUACAGCGUGCUGAGUCGAGCUGGGAUCGAAUACGGACCCAGGUUCCAACGCUUGUCUAGCAUCAGAACAGGAACUCUAGACGGUGUGUCCACUGCCACGCUAGUCAACAAUCGUUGCGGCGACGAGGCCCAUUACCACUUGCAUCCUGCCGUGGUGGAUGGCUGCAUACAGUCUGGACCUUUAGCUGCUACUCGCGGUCACAUCGAGGCAAGGCACUACCGAAGAGUGCCGACCAAGAUCGACAGAAUUGUGGUCCACCGCGUUGAUUCCGAUGCAGAAAUGAUUGCUGCAGCCUCAGCCAUUUUCAUUAAGGGCAGCGGCGAGGUGGUCAGUAGAGUGCAAUGCGUCGCCGACGGCAAGGUAGUCUUGGAUAUGCAAGGCGCAAGGCUGUCUCCGCUCGAGGAAGCGACAGCAGCCCAUACUGGAGCGACGGAGGAAGAGAACAAUGAGGGAGAAGCGCUCAGGUCGCUGGGCGAGGAGCUGAUUACAAGCCGUCUGACGUGGGCCCCCCAUAUCGACUUUCUCGAUGUCCACAGCCUCAUCAAGCCAGAGGUACCCCGGCAUCUCUACACACCCUUGCUUGACAGGAUGGUUCGACUGUGCUUCGUCUACUCCCAGCGAUGUAUACAGAGGCUCAGGGACAGCAACGUACACCUAGGAACACUCCCCAGCCACCUUCACAAGUACAUGGCUUGGAUCGAAUCUCAAGUAUCGCAGGAAGAUGAUGCGAAUAUGAUGGCGCUCGAAGAUUCGCCAUUACUUGAAGAGAUCAGCGCUCUAGAGCGUCAAAUGAAGGGAACUCCGGUGGAGGACUGCGCGGCUGCUAUCGGGAAGGUGCGGCAAAACAUCAACAACAUCUGUUCAGGCAACACCGAUCCCCUCGAGGUGCUCCUAGCGGACGGUACGCUGACCAAGACUUACGUUGCGACCGAUGCCUGCGAUCGAUCUGACUUCAUCCGCCACCUCGCACAUAGCAAGCCGAACCUUCGCGUCCUCGAGAUCGGUGCAGGAACUGGAGCGUCGACAGCCAGCGUAUUGACUCACCUGGUUCUUCCAGUGGGACAGCCUUUGUACUCCAAGUACACCUUCACUGACAUCUCGGCGGGUUUCUUUCCAGCAGCGAAGGAACGCUUCCGCGGCUACAAAAACAUCGACUACCGCGUUCUCGACAUCAGCAAAGACCCCGCUGAGCAGGCCUUUGCUGACGACGAAAAGUACGACCUUAUCAUAGCGACCAACGUGCUUCACGCCACGAAGAGUCUGCAAGAGACGCUACGUCAUGUGCACAAGUUUCUCGAUCACCGCGACGGCAGGUUACUUCUACACGAGCUCGAUAGCCCCUCCAAAUGGCCAAAUUACAUCUUCGGAACAUUGGCCGGAUGGUGGUACGGAGCGCCAGAUGGCAGGGCGGAGCAGCCCUACGUGACGCCAGAGCGCUGGGAGCGCGAGUUAACUGAGGCUGGUUUUGAUGGCCUCGAAGCCGUGAUUCGAGACGCCGACGAACCCCAUCAGCUCAAUGCCAUUAUGGUAGCAAGAUCAAAGCCACGCUCCAAGAAGACUGGGAAGCCUGUCACACUGAUUGCGGACCAAGACGAGCCUAUGGCUGAUGUUGUGGUCACCCAGCUGGAGGAUAGAGGCUACGUUGUUAGUCGCCGUCAACUGGACGAUGACUCGUUCUUGUCUCCACCGGGCAACGAUAUUAUUUCGCUCCUAGAUGCCAGCAAGCCCUUCUUUGAUGGAAUUGAGAAACCCUGCCUUGCCAUUUUCCAGCGUCUUGUGAGUAGCCUCAGCGCAUCUGGCAAUGGCAUGCUAUGGGUGACCCCCGUGUCUCAAAUGGCCUGCAAGGACCCACGCUUUGCUCAGACCAUUGGUACAGCCCGCACAAUACGCACUGAGUCUCUACUAGACCUAGCUACGUGCGAAGUGGACAACUUGGCGGUCUCUGUUUCACGCGUUGUCGACGUGUUUGACCGGUUUCAAAUGAGGCCCAGGGUCGCUGACGAAUCAGAAGAAGGCGACGCACUGGAUCUGAAGCCCGAUUACGAAUAUGCCAUUGUCGACCAGGUGGUUCAUGUCGGCAGAGUCUAUCCAGUGUCGUUGAAGAGUGAGCGGUCAGAGUAUUCCCACAGCCACAGCGAUCAUGAAAACGUGGCUCUCACAAUGACAAAGCCGGGCCGUCUAACAACUUUGCAUUGGGAGCGUGGCGCAGAGUCUCAAGGGAGUGUUUUGGAAGGUGAUGACGUUGAGAUCCAGGUUCACGCUGCCGGGCUGAACUUCAAGGACGUUCUCGGUGGUUUGGGAGUAGUUCCUUACCCAGAAGCCGGUCUAGGCCUCGAGGGCAGCGGUAUCGUUAGCCGCAUAGGUCCUGGUGUGAAGAAUAUCCAACUUGGAGACAGAGUCAUGUUUCUAGCAGAUGGAUCAUUUGCGACGCGAGUUGUUACCCCAGAGCAACUUUGCGAGAAAAUCCCACAGGACCUAUCAUUCGAGGAUGCGGCAACAAUGCCUGCAGUCUUUGCUACUGCCCUACGCUCGCUAUUCGGUCUGGGUGACUUGCGCAAAGGGCAGUCGAUCCUCAUCCACAGCGCAGCUGGUGGAGUGGGUCUGGCUGCGAUACAAUUAGCAACUAUGGCCGGCGCCCACAUCUACGCCACAGUCGAGAACGAGGAUAAGGCCCGGUAUCUGAAUGAAACGUUCGGACUGCCGCGUAGCCAUAUCUUCAGCUCUCGCGAUGCCGGCUUCUUUCCGGAUCUGAUGAAGGCGACCAAUGGCCGCGGGGUAGAUCUAGCUCUGAACUCUCUGUCGGGGGAGCUUUUGCAUGCCACCUGGCGUUGCGUGGCUGAGUUUGGCAAGCUCGUGGAGAUUGGAAAGCGUGACUUCCUCGGCGGCGGAAAGCUUGAUAUGGAUGUCUUUCUUGCCAGCCGAAGUUAUUGCUGCUUCUACUUGGACGCGGAAAUGGCACGGAGACAAUCUCUUGUCAAAGAAUUGCUCCAGGCAAUUGUGCAGCACCUUCGCAUGGGCCACAUCACCCCGCUCACACCCAAGAAAGUCUUUGAGGCAUCUUCAAUCCAGCAAGGCUUCCGACACUUGCAACAGGGCACGCACAUUGGCAAGAUCGUCUUCUCCAUGCGCGAGGCGGAUGGCAGCAUUAAAGUCCCUGCGAACAAUGUUGCUAGUCCAGCCCAAAAGCUACACCUGGAUGCGUCAUCGUCAUUCCUCCUAGUUGGUGGCUUGAGAGGUCUAGGAAGAGCUGUGGCGAGGCAUCUUGUGGCUCAGGGCGCUCGCCAUCUGGUGUUCCUGUCUCGAAGUGCAGGAUCAGGGCCUGAGGAUCCUCAUACCAUCCAAGAACUUCAAAGUAUGGGCUGCAAGGUCACCAUCAUCAAGGGUAGUGUCGUAAGCAAAGAGGCCGUGUCCCGUGCCGUCUCGCACGCGCCAAAUUUGAAAGGCAUCAUUCAGGCCUCGAUGGUUCUACGCGAUGAGAAUUUCGUUCGGAUGAGUUUUGAAGACUGGAGCCAGGCUGUGGCCCCAAAGGUUCAAGGAACCUGGAACCUGCAUCAUGUGACUAAUGAGGCGGGAGUUGACUUGGAUUUCUUCGUUCUGUUUUCGUCGAUGUCAGGGGUUACUGGCCAGGCUGGCCAGGCAAACUAUGCCGGCGCCAACACGUUCCUGGAUACUUUUGUUCAGUACAGAAGUGGACUGGGUCUCGCGUGCUCUGCCCUCGACAUCGGUGCUGUUCAGGAUGUUGGACAUGUAUCCCAGGACGAAGCCCUCCUUGAAAGGAUGAGGGCAGUCAGCGCUCACGGUAUCACUGAACCAGAGCUGAUGGAAGCCUUGACGUCUGCCAUACUGAUUGCACGAUCGUCGCGACAGGUGGUAUCGCAGUCAAGCCACGCCGGGUACGUCGAUAGGAACACCAUUGGGCUUGGUUUGUCUACCAACGUACCUCUCAACACCAAAGAGAGCCGAGCGUUCUGGAGGAAAGACAGGAGGAUCGCUGUUUAUCACAAUAAUGUCAGUACGUCUGGUGUCGACAUUGCGGGGACCGCGGGCAGCGAUGGCCUCAAAUCGUUCCUUACCAGCGCCAAAUCAGAUCUGGACGUUCUGAGGAGGGAAGAUUCGUCCAAAUUCCUUGCUAGAGAGAUUGGCAAGAAGCUUUUCUCGUUUCUGCUGAGAUCAGAAGACGAUCUUGACACAUCAGUAUCAUUGACGCAGCUCGGUAUGGACUCGCUUGUGGGCGUUGAGAUGCGCAGUUGGUGGAGGCAGGCUUUCGGAUUCGACAUCAGCGUUCUUGAGCUGUUGGGUAUGGGAAAUUUGGAUGGUCUGGGUACACAUGUGACGGAGGGAUUGUUGGAGUUGUUUGGCAACGCCUCACGUCGUCUUGUAGUUUCUGGUGGUGCUGGUGCAGUAGGCACCGUCGUUGGUAGAACAAUUCUGGAGAGUGGUGGAGAUGUCGUCUUCGUCGAUGUCUCGAACCCCAAUCCUGAAACCUGGAGCUUAAUCCAAGAGUGUGCUAAAUCCAAUAGCACUUCCGCAACCUUCCAACAGCUAGAUGUUCAAGAUGAGGCCAGCAUCACAUCAGCCUUCACCGCCAUCCGCAGCAAUCUCCGCCAUCCGAUCCGUGGCCUCGUAUCCUGCGCCGCCAUCUCUGGAGAAAGCGAUGCAUGUGAUUACCCCAUCACAACGUUCCGCAAGAUCCUUGACAUCAACAUCUCCGGCACCUUCCUCAUCACCCGCGCCGUAGCACAUGAAGUCCACGCGACCAAUCUACCAGGAAGCAUCGUUCUCUUCGCCUCAAUCUCAGGUCACAUAUCGAACCACGGAAUCAACACCGCCGCUUACAACGCCUCGAAAGCGGCCGUGCACCAACUCGCCCGUUCGCUCGCCGCGGAAUGGGGACAUCCGCAGAAUACUUUUCCAGGCAGUACAGUUACAGAGACCAAUCCGAAUCCGAGCCAAGAGCCGCGGAAAAUUUACCCGCCGAUUCGUGUCAACACCAUUAGUCCCGGUCAUAUCGAUACGCCGCUGAGUGCGGAGGCGCGGAAGAGGGGGCUCACGGAAGAGUGGGCUAGGCAGAACAUGUUAGGGAGGAUUAGUGUGCCCGAGGAGUUUCGGGCGCCUGUGCUCUUUUUGUUGAGUGAGGGGAGCAGCUAUGUUACUGGUGCCGAUUUAAGAGUUGAUGCUGGUCAUUGCGCGUGGUAG